UUCCCUAGUCUUUACCCCUAUAAGCAAGGAGAAUAUUUUAACCCCCGUAUAAAGAAGGUAAAUUACGAUAAAUAUAUUCAAUAUAUUAUACGGUGGUAUAACGGCCGUUUUACCCAGUACGAACAAUUCCAAUAUAUUACUUUUAAUUCUUUAAUAUAUAAUUAA